AUGGAGCAAAAGAUCAGCUCUUUCUUUAAUUCCAUCUUGGAGCUUAUCCGUACCAAGCAUGAGGAAGGCGUCUUCAACACCGUCUGCUUGGUCGUGCUGAUGGGUCUGCCUUUUGUUGUCCUCAUUGCAUUCAUUUUCAUCUGCUGCCACUGCUGCUUCUGCAGACGGAGGGGAGAACACAGGAAGAAAGGUGCCACCAGCAGCAAUGGGCAGCUGCACGCCGAGAGGAACAAGAAGAAAAAGAAGAAGAAGAAGAAGGAUGAAGAGGACCUGUGGAUCUCUGCUCAGCCCAAGCUGCUCUUGCUGGACAAGAGGCCCUCUUUGGCCAUCUAGCAGCCAGGGGUGUUCAGGCUCUCCCCUCGGAAAUACCACCAGUUCUUUCAGCUGUGCACUAUGAGGAGUGAGGAGAUGCCAGAGCUGCUGCCACUUUAUGGUGACUUUCCAAAGAGGGUGAGCCCAGUGGGUAACCAGCGUGUUGAAGGGUCAGCAGAGAGCAAAGCAGUUGAGCACAGGUUUAUGCAAGACCCUUCUCUCCCACCAUGAGAGCGUCUCCAAGGGCAGAAACCCCUGCAAAGAACAGGUGUGCCUUGCUGAGCACACACGGGUGACCUGCCACCGUGCUAUACGUACCUCCUGCCACGAGCACAAUGCACACCCAGUGGGCUGGCACUUAGCAAACUGGGAGCAAAGUUCUCUCCCUCUGCACUGGUGUGCGAGCACAUGCACCAUGGCACAGACAAGGCUGCACAAGGACCACGUGCACUUGAAGACACAGCCACCUGCACGCUCCCCCUGCAUAAACACAGACGGCUGCAUGCAAAGCAAGCACGGGCACGCCUCGUUUGCUUGCCCGGCUGCUGAGGUAGCACAACUUGGCUGUCUAGGCUCCGUCCAAACCCAGCAUGUGUUGGAGAUGCAAAAAAAGCCAAGAGCAGAGUUGUCCCACAGCUCAAAGAUGUGCCAGCUCCCCCGCCACCAAACCAAAGGCAACUGAGAGCGUCUGAAGACAGAUGCCCUCAGCCCAACCUUAGAGACCUCAAGAUGCAUUGCCACCCAGGCUAGAUGCAGGGAGGAGAGAGGAGGCUGCAAGACUGGCCCUUUUGCACCAGCACUUCAAAAAAAAUAAUCUUGAAAGACUGUUUUAUACAGACUUGCCUUUAGAGAGCCCACCACGCUACUGCAAGAGUGGAAACACAAGCUGAAGCUGUGUAAAGGCUUAGCGCUACAGGCAAUAGAGUUAUUUAUUGAAUGACUACUAAAGAAGAGCAGGACCAAAAGCCCCUCUGUGGUGGGGCUUGGCACACCAAAGCGGUAUUGAAGCAGCAGACACGCUUUCCCAGACACUCGGCCGUCCCCUCUCCCUGCAGCCCUUGUGCACACACAGACCCACCAGCACGCACCACUGCCAGCUGAUGCCAGUGCAGGGGCUUCUAUACAGCUCUCAAGCCGACUGACUCCAGGAUUUGGGACAUGCUGUAGGAGCAGAGAGGAGUGAAGUUCAUGCCCACAGUCAUCCCUUAGCCAGGGACGCAUCAUCCAGCUGGACCCUGCAUCACUCUCCAUGCCCAUCUCCCUUGGAUGUGCGACGGCUUAGCCAAGCACAGCAGCUAAAAGGACCACACACAGCUCUCACCCUGCUUUGGUUUUGACUGUCUGCUCCCCCUGCCUACCUUCUGAGGAGCUGGGGAUCUCUUCUGCCCCCCACUCUCCACCCUGCCAGGCUCUGUCUCUCCCAGCCUGUUCUGCCAGUGAGAGAUGCACACGCGUGAUCCAAAGCCCCAUCACAUCUGGGUUUUGCCCUAUGUCUGUACACUGGAUAUUUUCCUCCCAUUUUCUUCCAGUUCUUAAGCUGCUGGAGCAGACAGAUCUGCCAGCCAUAGCCAGAUGUGUGGGGGACAAGCAGCCAAACCCACAUGGGCAAGAUGGGAUGGAGCUGCCAGACACCACGGCUUCCAACCCAGGCGAGGGCGAUGCCGCCUUCCCCCAGCUCCCGGGGUGUGCACCAGCAGGGCGGCAAAGCCACCAGUUAGAAGCAGCUGCUUGUGCCACCCUGUCCCAGCGCAGCCUGUUUUGUCCGACACAGACAGGGCGGUGAUGUUAACAUCACGUCAGGGGGUUUGGCUGCAUGCGGCUGUGCUGGUAACAGCCAGGAGGCCCGGGCUCCUCCUCGCACAGCCCUUUAAAUUGACCCCAUAUGUGCCUUAUUUUCCAGCUUACUUCGUUACCACUGAAAUAAGUGACUCCCUUCUCCUCCAAAACAAGAAGUAACAUAUAAUGCUAUUAAAAAAUCAGAAUUUGCUACACCUAAUCCUAGAGAGAAUGCAGGAAUAGCUCUGGUCUCUGUCGCAAACUGCCAGUCCUCUUCCUUCCCUCCUUUCCCCCAUCCAUGUACUUUUCCCAGCCCUCCUGCCUCUGCGCUCACCAGGUGGGCAAUGCAGCUGUCAGAAAGCUGCCCACGCAGGUGCUCCUGCUGCAAUCCAGAGGCAGCAGCAGCCCCGCAGGAAGGGCGGUGCUGCCUGGAGGAAUAUUAAACAAAAAAAAAGAGCAAAGGGAAAUCUGAUGUGAGGCCAGAAGCGUACCUGAACAAGCAGGGGCACGGAGGCAGCCAGCGCCAGCAGAGUACAGCCUACCUGGUGUGGAGCUGCUGGGUUUUGCAUGGCUCCUUGCAAGAAGGUCCUUCUCCAGAAGAGCUGGCAAGUAAUGUUUCUGGCAAGGGCAACUGAUUCCUGCAAGAACCAGAGAACCAUCAAGAAAAUGUCCUGCGUUGCAUCACACACAAUAUCUCUGAUCCAGGCUUUGGGGAGUUCAGAGCCAGGCCUGAAUUUCAGGAGCUCCCUAAAACCAUCAUUUAAACCAACACUGGGCUGGCCAGCGAGGGACUGGGUUACAACCUUGCCCUGUUCCAUCCCACCUGCAUAUGGUCCAAGGCUCUGCACCCCAAAAAAGCAAAGGGGCUACUGGUUUAGCCAAACCACACACCGAAACAGCUGCUUCUUGUGACAAAGAGCAGCGACAGCCUGAGGUGCACCAGGAGCUGUCACCCAUCGGCUGGGCAGCAGGGAGCUCACAGCAGCAGAAGCAUGGUACAGAACCACCGCUGCAUGGGUCCCCGCUCCCCAGACACCCUGCACUGCCUCCCACAACUGCAUUUCAGUAUCGACCUUUUAUUUUCCUAAACAGCCCCUGCAAUGGGGGAAAAAAAAACAAAACACCACUUUUUUGCAGUGUUUCUUUUUUAAAACAAAAAUAAAUGACUCUCAAACUGCAAACAAA